AUGUCGUCGACAAAGACAAUACUGCGUCUGGCUAGCAAGAGGCCGCUAGGUGCGGUUUCACAGGCUAAGGGAUGCGUCCAGCGCGCUACUCUUUCUCAAUCGACGAGGAGUUAUGCCGCCGACAAACCUGGACCAGACCUCAGAACAGCUGGGCCCGAUCUCCUCUCCCAGCUGCGAAAGGCUCCUCGCCCGCCCCAGGGUAAACUAUCAGCACCCAUCGUCAAUGACGCAGACAAAUAUGCAGACAAAGCCCUACCUCUCCAUCAGUACGGCCAAUACCUGAUGUCCUGCCUACCCAAAUAUAUCCAGCAGUUCUCAGUAUGGAAGGACGAACUCUGCAUCUACAUUUGUCCCACCGGUGUCAUUCCUGUCUUUACGUUUCUCAAGUACCACACUGCGGCAGAAUAUACCAUGGUUGCAGAUAUUACUGCGGUAGACUUUCCUACCAAGAGCUACCGGUUUGAAGUUGUGUACAACCUGCUCAGUGUGCGACAUAACUCCAGAAUACGAGUCAAGACAUAUGCGGAUGAAGCGACCCCAGUCCCUUCCAUCACGUCCCUCUACGACGGCGCAAACUGGUAUGAGAGGGAGGUCUAUGACAUGUUUGGCGUAUUCUUCACUGGUCACCCUGAUCUACGGCGAAUAAUGACGGACUACGGUUUCGAUGGACAUCCGCUGCGCAAGGAUUUCCCCUUGACUGGGUACACUGAAAUUAGAUACGAUGAGGAGAAGAAGCGAAUUGUGGUGGAGCCCCUUGAAAUGACACAGGCGUACCGAAACUUUGAGGGCGGUUCAAGUGCUUGGGAACAGGUUGGUGUUGGCUCGGACCGGAAACCUGCAGAGUUCAAAUUGCCCACACCGAAGCCUGAAGAGAAGAAGGAGGAGAAGAAAUAG